ACUCGACUUGGUUGAUCUGCUUGACCGUCAUCUGGUCAAAGCGAGAAAGUUCUAAGCAUUAGCCAAUUACGUUCUCCAGUGACCUUGUAAUUCCCAGCUGGGUGAUGCUAUCAUUGCUUUUGGAAGUUGGUCUCUUACGCCGUCGAUAUUCAUGAAAAGCAAAAUGAAGCUCUUCUCAGGACUUCUCUUCGCAAAACCUCUGGAAUUUCGUGUUCUUCCCCUCACCAUUCGGAACCCUUUUUCUCCCAAUUCUUAGAGUCCUUUUCCUCCCACCCAAGUCCAAGCAAAACCCAAUAUUUCUCUCAAUUUCUCAAUGGGAAAGAUCGGAGUAUUUGACCUUGAGAAGCACUUUGCUUUCUAUGGCGCUUAUCACAGGAACCCAAUCAACAUAGCCAUCCACAUGUUGUUUGUUUGGCCAAUCCUUUUCACGGCUCUUCUUAUUCUUUAUUUCACGCCUUCUCUGUUCAACCUCCCUCACAUCGAGUUUUCUCUGUUUGGGAAUGAUGUUAUUCUGGUUUUGAAUGUGGGGUUCUUGUUUGCUAUGAUCUAUUCGGUGUUUUACGUCUGUUUGGAUGUGAAAGCUGGUUCCUUGGCUGCUCUGCUCUGCGUUAUUUGUUGGGUUGCUAGCAGUUUUAUUGCCAGUCAACUCGGGUUUUCGCUCGCUUGGAAGGUUGUUCUGGUGGCUCAGCUUUUGUGUUGGACUGUACAAUUUAUUGGCCAUGGGAUCUUUGAGAAACGGGCACCAGCUCUUUUGGACAACCUUGUUCAAGCCUUUGUAAUGGCUCCCUUCUUUGUCCUGCUGGAGGCUCUUCAGAUGUUCUUCGGUUAUGAGCCAUACCCAGGUUUUCAUGCAAUAGUGCAAGCAAAGAUAGAAGCUGAAAUCAAUGAAUGGCAAGAAAAGAAGCAGAAAUUAAUUCAGUAGUUUGUGCUGCUGGUGUUCGUUUGUAUUGAGAUCAGCUUUCACUGUAGUUUGCUGCGUAUAGCAAACCAUAUAUGCUAUUAUACUUGGAUGUAUAUAAGAUACACAUGUUUUUUCUUUAGC